AACGUGUAUUUAUGCAUAUUUGGCUCCUAUCUCUCCCUCGCUCCCGGUUUCUCUGUCUCUCUCUUUCUCUCCCACCACUCUUUCAACCACAUGUUGUUCAACCUACUCCCGACCCUGCUCAUUUGGAAAUGAGAAAAGUUCUCUGAUAAAACCUCGACAACAACAAAAUAAAGAUAUGCGUUCUUUUCCCAUCGUAACAAAAGAAACCAUCCAGAGUACAAGAAGAUUUGGGACAUAGUUUACACUUGUUUUUAUCACCAAGGAAAGGAUCUCCUGUCUCCAGCUGAGUAUUAGUUUCGUCUGUUUCUGCUUACGCCGAAAAUUAUGACAAUUCUGCGUAGAUAUUUCUUAUAAUAAUAAAACAUAGAAGUCGCUAUAAAAUUACUCGUUCAUCUUCUUUUGGCAUACUUGAAGAUCGCAUAUAAGUCGGAGACUUUGUGAAAAAUGAACAGAGAUGAAUUUGCGAACAUUUAAAAAAGCAAGGAAAAUUCAGAUGCAGUGGUAAUUAAAAAAAUUCUUGGUUGUAUCUGGGAAAAGAUCCGGAGUAAAGGGAAUGCAUUAAAGACGAAAGCAAUAUUUUUUAAACUUCGUUGAAGACAAUGUUGUAUUAUCAUGCAGCAGUGUAUACUGGAAUGUAACACUAAAGACACCGUUAGGGAUAAGGGUCGAUACGAUGUCCUUUUAUUUUAGCGAAUAAAAUAUCAGGGAAGGGAAUAUCUGAUGUUGUUUUCAGUUUAUCUGAAAUGGUAUGUGCAUCAUUUAUUUGUUUAUUAUUCUAAAAUAUUUAAGAAACAGAUUUUUAGUUUGUUGACUUUUUAAUCGGGAGUUAAACGGGAUCUCUAAAAAAUUCGAGCAAGUGCGUAUAAAAAUACCGUAUUUUAAAUAACUCAUAAAGGGUAGCCAUGACCUCCUGCAGCUUACGAACGAUUCUACUUGCAUACCCGAUUCUGAUUUUACUCGCUAUGGCAAUCUGUGCACAAGGCUUUUCCACCUGCCAGUCUUUCGACUUGGACGACUACAAGUCGAAGAGGAUAGAGGCCGUGCGCGGACAGAUCCUUAGCAAGCUUCGCAUUCGGGAGCCACCUGAACGUGAAGUUAGCCCACCACCCGAGGAGGUCCCUCAGGAAGUCAUGCUUCUUUACAACAGCACCAAGGAGUUUGCCAAGGUUGAUCCUUCCUGUGAACGCGAGAGCAGUGAGGAAGACUACUACGCCAAAGAGGUCCAGCGAGUCGAUAUGCUACCACCUCGCAUUGACACAAAUGUGAUCAAUGGUGGACCUCCGAGCUUGUAUUUCCGGGUUGUAAGGUUUGAUGUCAGUCGCGUGGACAGAAACUCCAGCACGCUGGUGAAAGCAGAAUUCAGGAUAUAUCGCAUCCCCAACCCACAGGCUCGCACCUUGGAGCAGAGGGUGGAAAUAUAUCAGCUACUGAAAUCUCGCGACCCAGCAGCUCCCUCGCAGCGAUACAUCGAGUCCCGCACGGUGCGUCCCCGCGCCAAGGGCUCGUGGCUGUCUGUCGACGUCACAGACACCGUCAAGGAAUGGCUAGCAAACAAAGACAGAAACUUGGGACUGAAGCUGAGCGUGCACUGUCCGUGUUGUACGUUUGUCCCCUCCACUAACAACAUCGUGCCCAAUAGAAGCGAAGAGCUGGAGGCCCGUUUCGCAGGUAUUGACGAUGAAAUAAUGAAGCUGCACAAGAGGCCAGAAGCUGUUAAGGGCCAAAUUGAGUUCAGCACCAAGACACCACACCUGAUUCUUAGCCUGCUGCCCAGUGACAGGCUGGACGAUUCUAGCAAGAAGCACCGCAAGCGGAGGGCAGCAGCCGACGUCCCCACAUGCUCACGCAGCAUGGACCAAGGAUGCUGUCUCCGGUCCUUGUACAUUGAUUUCCGCCGUGACCUGAACUGGAAGUGGAUUCAUGAGCCUAAAGGCUACAAGGCCAACUUCUGUGCUGGGAACUGUCCGUACUUAUGGAGUGCAGACAAUCACUACAGUAUGAUCCUGCCCCUGUACAACAAGCUGAAUCCCGAGGCCUCCGUCUCCCCGUGCUGCGUCCCUCAGGACAUGGAGCCCCUCACCAUUGUGUACUUUGUUGGUCGCACACCACGCGUCGAGCAGCUCUCAAACAUGGUUGUCAAAUCUUGCAAGUGCCGCUGAUAUGGGUAGGGGGGAAGGAUGGCUGAAUAUGGGGGGGGGGGCAGAAAGAGGCUGAACAAGGUAAGGGAAUGAGACAUAUACAAAUAGGAAAAUGGCAGCCAUGUUUUAGUACUUCUGCUUGCAAAGAAACAAAUCAGAUGUACAAUAAACAUCUGUACAGAUUGGGAAUAAAUAAUCUGUCAUAGAUUCCUUUACCAGUGUUAAAUUAUUUCGUACAUCCAUAAAGUAACAUCUUCAUAAGCAACAUAACAUGGUGGGAGAGCAAGGCGCUUUCUUUUGUUGUGAAAGGCACUAUAUAUAAAAAUUAUUGAAUUUAAUUUUUUGUGAUUUUGCUCUGGAUUUUAAAGUAUUUUUUCCUCCUCCGAAACAACUGGAAAUAUUACCUGAAGUAAUAUUGGUUGUAAAUGCAAAAUUAUUUAGGUUGAGAACAACAGCAUAUUCUUGUAUAAUUAGCAGUUUAGUAGCAAUAAGAUGCACUGUAAGAUUUAAUAGUGGCUGUAGUGACUAGACAAUAGAAUGUUUUUUUUCCAUAGUCAAGGUUAUUAUUAAAUACUUUUGUUUGUAAAGCCUUAUUCUAAGUAGGUGUUUAUAUAUAUUGUAUCCAGUGUAUAAGUUAAUUGCCAUUUUAGGAAGCACCAAUGGUGAAUUGGAUGCAUAUAGCUUAACAAAAGGGGAUACUUCAUCAUUCUGAAUAUCACGCUAGAAAAUGUAAAUAUUGUAGCCAAAUGAAAUAAAGCUAUUUUUAUGUUUGUGAA